AUGUUCGGCAAGUGUCAAAUAGUACCAGCACUUGCUUCAGCUGUUCAUGGUGCAAUCGAAGAGCUUCCACAUAUGCAUGAUUCUCCAUUACUUCUGACUAAUCGAAGUCGUGUAAUAUCAACAACAGCAUCACCACCACCACCACCGCAUUUAAUGAAUACGGAUUCACAUUCAUUAACUAAAUCUCGGGUAAAUUCAUUGCCAACAUAUAAUUGUACAACACCACAACUCGAUGCACGAAAAGCAUUUGCUUAUUUCGAUAAAAAUCGUGAUGGAAAAUUAACAAUUAAAGAAUUUAGAUCGGUUAUGCAUGAUUUAGGCUAUAAAACAGUCGAUAAACGUUUUAUUAAGAAAAUGUUUGCCGAAGCGAAUCAAAACGGUAAUAAACGUGCAUUAAGUUAUGAUGAAUUUGUAGGAUUUCUUGAGUCAAAACUUUCGUUCCAAAAUCUUACAUCAAAAGAUUUACCAACAACAGCCUUAUCAACAAUAACAACAACGAAUCAUUCAUCAUUAUCCGAUGAAAGCUGUUCUCUAUCAUUACCGAAAAUGCAACUUGACGUUGAAACAUUAUUUAAUUGCUAUGAUUUGGAUAAAAAUGGAUUUAUUGAGCCGAAAGAACUACGUAAAGUAAUGAAGCGUUUAAUUGGAGAAAAACUAUCCAAGCAAGAUAUUGAUGAAAUGAUAAGUGUGGCCGAUAAAAACGGUGACGGACUUUUGGAUAAGAGUGAAUUUGCACUCUUAUGUAAUGCUUUUUAA